AUGGAGCAUGCGUGUGGCGGCUUCUCCGGGGAGGAGUUUCAGAAGGCCUGUGAGGAGCUCCAGCAGUUCGGGCGGGUAGGGAACGACUGGCAACUGCUGAUGGAGCACGAAGGCUUCAAAAUCUACAGGCGGCUGGACGAGCAGACUGGACUUUAUGAGUAUAAAGUCUUUGGUGUUCUGGACAAUUGCCCACCGGCUGUACUUGCAGAUGUCUAUAUGGACUUAGACUACAGAAAACAGUGGGACCAGUUUGUUAAAGAACUCUAUGAAAAGGAAUGCAAUGGAAAAACCGUGGUCUACUGGCAAGUGAAGUACCCCUUUCCUAUGUCCAACAGAGACUACGUCUACAUCCGGCAGCGGCGAGACCUGGACAUGGACGGGCAGAAGAUCCACGUGGUCCUGGCCCAGAGCACCUCUGUGCCGCAGAUUCCUGAGAGGUCUGAUGUGGUCCGGGUGAAUCAGUAUAAGCAGAGCCUAGCGAUCGAGAGUGAUGGCAAGAAGGGGAGCAAAGUUUUCAUGUAUUACUUCGAUAACCCGGGUGGCCAGAUUCCGUCCUGGCUCAUAAACUGGGUCGCCAAGAAUGGCGUUCCUAACUUCUUGAAGGACAUGGCGAAAGCCUGUCAGAACUACCUCAAGAAAACCUAAGAGGGGGGAUCGUGUGUCCAUGGAAUGAUGAUCUGGAAGUGCCACAGCCCGCUGAUGCUCAGCUUUCCUUUCACUUUUCCGUCUUCAGAGCCCUGCAAGCUAUCCAGCAUGUCGUCCCUGAGUGUGUUUGCCUGAUGCCUGGCUUCCUUUCCCACUCCCCACCCUGGGACUAGCUGCCUUCUUCCACUGUUGAAUAUGGAUCAGAUUAGGGAAACUUGUGCUUGUUUAUCUUUAAAAAGGGAAGUCCUCAAUAGAGAACACAGUCAUUCCAUUGUGCUAUUUUAGGGGGAUGGGUGGGUGAGGAACCACAACAAUCCAAGAGCAACUGAUCCC